UGUUCUUGUGAAAGAAAAUAUGAAAGACAUAACAAUUUUAUGGGAUCAAGCUAUUAAAGAGUGGCCGAAACUUGUUUAUGAUGUUAUGACAGUAUGCUCUUGUUUAAUGUCUUUUUGUUGUGAAAAUGUGUGGAAAAAGGACAAAAAACACGCGUUAAUGGGGAAUGCAUGUGAUUUUCUGAAAGGAAAAAUGAUGACGGACACAGCUCAGUAUUUUAUUGGAAAAAUUGGUUGGAGUUUGUCUUGUUUAUCAGAUACAAGUGUGGAAUUUCAUGAAACAAUUUUAGAAAACAUAACUGUUUUAAAAAUAUCUUUAAGAGUCUUAACAUGUACUCUUCUACUAUCAUAUGAGUCUUUGGAUAGUGAAACAUUAAAUGAAAGGCUUCUUUUAGUCAUGGAAACGUGCAUGAAUUAUUGCUUUAAAAAAAAUGCGACAUACGUUGCAUGGUGUACAGAUUGGUUUCAAUGUAUUGAAGCUUCAAUGAAUUAUAUGUAUUUGUUUCAUUUUGUUCAAGAACCGGAAGAAGAUCACUCGAAAACUUUAUCCAGUUGCCUUUUCCUUUUAACACAUUUUUUUUCUUUACAUACAAAAUGGAUUCAAAAUGAGACGCUUUGUUUAACGGACUGCGUUUUCUUACCACAUUGUAUUGAAUAUCUCUCCUAUUGCCUUACUUAUUUUUUACAAGAUACUGGUCAACUGUUUUUACAAAGUAUUUUAGCGGCGUUACAAGAAUGUUUUUUAAAUAUACAAGCGGCCAUCAAUUUUUGUCAAAAGUUGGACUUGAUGCAAACAAAACUAUGGAUUCAAGCUUUCACAAAGUUAUGUACUUGUAUUCAAAAAUGUUGGGAAACGAAAUUUCAUAAUUUCUUUGACUCAAUUCAUGAAAAUGAUAUCGUCAAUGAACAACACAGCAAGAUAUGUUUAGCCUUAACAAGAUUGUAUUCUUUAUUGGUGCAUGCCGCUAAACAUUGGACAGACUUUCAACAUAUUCAAAAAAGUUUAUGGGCUCUUCUCUUUUGUAUACGUUACCCUUUGUUUAAAUGGCCUUUUUUACAAGAUUCAUCUUUAAUGUUUCAGUUGACCCAUUGUAAAAAAUUGGAACAACUAGAGAAACAACAAUUGUGUUUACAACCAAUGGAUUCCACGGAUACUUUUCAAUAUACCAUGACAUUGAGGAAAAAAUGUCUUGAUUCUCUUUUUGAGUCUUUUGAAUCCAUAGAGAACAAAAAUCACGACAUUUCAAGCAAUUCUUUUAAAGCGUUAGCUACAUGUUUGUUUCUUUUCUUGGGACAGGAUAUCGCAAAAGAAAUUCUAACAUGUCCCAACAUAGUAGUUGGUGCAUUAAAACAAACAAUGGAUCAAAGAACUUGUCGUUUUAAUCAUGACAUUACAUGGGAGCAACUCUUACGACAUUUAUAUGUUUGGUUUCUGGUUUUAAAAGAAUUUCAGUCAAAUUCCGCUGACUCGGCGGAACUAUCUCAAUACCAUGCAUCUCUUUUUUUACAUAUUCCAUUUUCGUCUCUAAAUGUUUCUGAAUGCUGGUUUAAUCAAUUACGUGAUUCUUUAUGUCAAGUACCGUCUUUAUAUUCUUCUUGGGAUAACAUUGUACAAUUUCAUGAACAAGUAUCCAUUACAAGGGAUGACAUUACUUGUUUAAUAGCACAACCAAAUAAUUUAUUACAAGCGUUGAUUGAUCUUCUUUCUUUACUGGUUCUACUUGAAGAUGAAAUUCCAAAUUGUUUUUCAUGUGAAAAAAAAGAGCCACAAAGUGCAAAAGGUUUACAAGCUUGUCAAUGGAAAAUAAGCGAAACAUGUGAUCAAUUUUUAUCGUCUUUUAAAACAUUUCCUUUAACUUGUUAUCGUGAAAACAAUCCACCAUUGUUUAAAAAUCAAAAUUGGGUUUCAUGGAAUAUGCCAUCCAUCAUUCAAGACGGAUCAACACAAAUAGAGAAUUUUUGGAAUGAAGAUUCAUCACGUUAUUUGGAGCACAUACCAAAUUUUUUUAAAGAAUCUUCUGAAACAUGGCAUCAAGUAUGGAUUUUUUCUAUUCAAUUAUUGUAUGUUGUAGCACAAAUGUUCCCUAUAGCUUUAAGAAUGUAUGCAUGUUCUUUACAAAGUGUUUGGAUGACAACAAAACAUGUUAAAGCGUUACAUGACAUUUUUCAAAAAAUCAUUAGCCCUUCUUUAAUCCUACGUGAUGCGGCUUCUAUUUGUGCUUUAGAAAAAAUUGGGACAACCAAUGUUAAAGCUUCCGUUCAAUUUAACAAAAAAUUACGUCAACUUUGUUUAACAUUUAUUAAUAAUACACGAGAAAUUCUUGUCACAUUUACUGUUCAUUUUCCUGAUAUUUAUCCUUUACGCUGUGUCGAUUUCAAAUAUAAUAAAUCCGUUGCAGUACCUAAACCUAAAUUAGAAAGAUGGUUACUUAUGGCCAAACAAAUUUUAAUGGGAGGAAGAAUUUCCAAGCCAACUUCACCAGAAUCGUCCCACCAAUCUUGUUCACAAUUCGACUUGCGCCAUCUUUCUUUCAAACAAUAUGCACAUGAACCACACACCAUUUGUCUCUUAUCCUGUAUCACUUUUAUUAAAGACAAUUUUGCUGCCUUCGUUUUAGGUCUUGAAGAUUGCUUCAUUUGUUAUUCUAUUGUCCAUCAUAGAACACGUGGUAUACCUAAAAGCCAAUGUGUUACUUGCAAAUAUAAAUUUCAUGCUGAAUGUGUUCAAAAAUGGUUUGAAACGUCUUUAAAAAAUAAUUGUCCUUUAUGCCAAUCACCUUUUUCUUAAAAGACAACCUCUUUCUUUUCUAACCCCCACUAUUUUACGAAAAAAAAAAACAUGACUCGAGCCACCUGAAAUAACCAAU